AUGACGAUUCCAAACAUAUACACCAAACAGAAUCAAGAUGUCGAAAUCGCAAUUGAUCCUCCAACUAAGCCAAAUUGCGGUGCUCGAGUAUUACGUUUCUUGGCGAGUUUGGUGUCGACAAAUGAGUAUCUAGAGAAGAAUACUCCACGAUUUCCAAUCUUCACAAUUAUUUUCGCAUUGGCCCGUGUGAGUUUUUGGGAAAAAGAAAUUGACAAAGGAUUUAAUGGACUGCGACCACCCACGACACGUUUUCAAAGAUAAUAACGACAUACGUUUAUGAGAAGAAAAUGUAUUUCAUAAAGAAGUGUUUGUGUGUAUCUGAAAAGGAAUAGUGUACCUACAGUAACUAAAGCCAAUUGGAAUUCAAUAAGAUCUCAACACAGAAAGAAUGAGAAAAAAGUAUUCUAGGAAACCCUGUGUACUUUCAAAAUCCAAUAUUUCCAGAUCUGCUAUUUUCCAAUCGAAUUCCGAAACGAUGAAAGAAUGGGAGGUCUAUUUGAUCAAAUCGGUCAUUUGAUCAUGACAGUUUGCGUACUUUUGCCAAUGGAAGCAGCUCUUGGAACAGUUAUUGUAUCCUCAAUAUCAAUUUUGGUUCUAGCUUAUGCAUUUUCGGUUAAACAACUAGUUCCAGUUACUCAUUUCGGAAUUGAUUGCAUUACAUUUUGCUUUCUCUCAAUGCAUUUCGUUGAUCUUUAUAGGGUAAUAUAAAUUCCCAGAGUUCCAUAUUUUUUAGAUUUUUUAAAUUUUCAGAAUUGGGAUAAAUUCGAUAAACAGAAAUUACGAAUGAUUAUAUUCUUCUUUACAUAUUCACCAUUUUCACUUUUCUUCUGGCAUUAUUUCAACCCAAGUUUCCAUGCUUAUCUCGAUUUCACACAUCCUACAAAUCUUAUUGGUUCUUACAUCGGAUUUAUACUUGCCUGGUGUUAUAUUUUUGACGCACAGGUUUGUAAAAGUAUUUACUCUCAGCAACUAUAUAAUUUGUUUUCAGAAACUACCACCAAGUUGUCUCAGUUUAGGUACAACUGCAAUGUUUCCACCGUUUUUGUUCCUAACUUGUAAAUAUUUAUUGAAUACUAAACUAACUUCGUAUACAGUUUACUAA